UCGUGUGGACAGAACCGGAACAAACAAAGAGCAGCAGGAGCAGAUCAGCUGGUCGUGUUUGGGUCCAGAUUAAAUAUUAAAGUGCUCCCGGUGUGUGUGUCCGUGUGUGUGCAGCAGAGUAACACGUUUCACCUGCAGCUGGAGAAAGAAACUGAAGAUGUUAGCACAACAUUAGCCAAACACCAGGAUUUCAUGUUUUUUAUUUUAUUUUAAAAUCACCUAUUGUGUUUUUUUUAAUUCGUGUAACCGUGACGUUUAAUUCGAUUUUUUUGUUAUAAAUCAUUCUGAGUGUAAAUGAAGGGCUCCCGCUCCCUCGUGUCGAGCCGGAGGAGGAGCAGCAGCAGCGGGGCGGCCGGGCUCCUGUACCCGCUGCUCGGUGCGUGUCUCUGGGCUGCGGUGGUCGGAUUCAAGCCGGUGAUCAUCGUCCACGGUUUGUUCGACAGCUCCGGGGAUUUUAAAAACCUGCAGCGGUUCAUCAACGAGUCUCACCCUGGAACAAACGUGACCGUCAUCGACCUGUUUGACAGGAGUGCCAGCCUGCAGCCCAUGUGGAAGCAGGUGGAGGGAUUCAAGGCAGCUAUUUAUCCAGUCCUGCAAAACGCAGCAGACGGCGUCCAUUUCAUCUGCUACUCUCAAGGCGGGCUGGUUUGCAGAGGAAUCCUCUCGACUCUGCCCGACCACAACGUCCACUCCUUCAUCUCUCUGUCCUCGCCUCAGGCCGGGCAAUAUGGAGACACCGACUACUUAAGGUACCUCUUCCCUCAGUUUGUCAAGUCCAACCUCUUCCACCUCUGCUACACUGCGUUCGGUCAGAGAAUAUCAAUCUGCAACUACUGGAACGACCCCCACCACAGAGACAUGUACGUGAACAGCAGUGAUUAUCUGGCUCUGCUCAACAGUGAGAGAACCAAUCCAAACUCCACAGAGUGGAAGGAAAACUUCCUCAAGAUAACGAAGCUGGUGUUGAUCGGUGGACCAGACGAUGGCGUCAUCACUCCCUGGCAGUCGAGUCAGUUUGGAUUUUUUGACGACAAUGAGACCGUUGUGGAAAUGCAGCAGCAAGAUUUCUUCUUGAGGGAUGUUUUCGGUCUGAAGACGCUGUCGGCUCGUGGGGAUCUGAUGAUCUGUUCUGUUCCUGGCGUCGAACACACCUUUUGGCACUCGAACGAGACUGUGUUCCACCUGUGUAUGGAGAAGUGGCUGGUGUAGAUCCAAACUCCUGCACACACACGCACACGCACACACAAAGAUCUUCACACUUUGCAGAUUUAUAAGCUCUUAACUUUCCACCUGUUAGAAACUCGGGCAUGGAAAUCAUUUUGUAGUAUCCUCACAAACAUUUGUGAGUUUUAAGGUCAUUAACACACUUUGGAUUACCCUCCACAGAGAUCUCCUCUCAAUCAAACAGUGCUAUGUUUGACUUUCCUCCUAUUUUUCUCCUCGUUUUGAUCAAGUUUAUGUUUUAAAAGAUUAAUUUUGUUCAUCCUGUUGUCUAGGAGGUUACUUUAAAAUGAAUAGGUGAUGGUUUAACUCUGAUUAUAUUAUCACAUUCUGCAAAGGGAGCCGCAUAGCCGACAGUAAAGGAGCAUUCCGUGAAUUUGAGUCUGCAUUUUCAUGAAGUUUUCAAGAAACAGAUUUAAAAAGAGAAGAGUUAGUGAGAGUUCAGAGGCCAUCAGAGCUACAUUACCUGUCUAAUGCUUCUCUCAAAUUUUUUAUUCUUUACACUCCUCGUUUUUUUAUUUUAUUUGAUUGUGUUCAUUUUUACGUGAACACAAAAGCGACAAAGUGAAUGUCUUUCAAGAGAGACUGUCUGAAAAAAAAUUUUCAAACAAUACCUACAAAUUGGUAGAGUGCCCUUUUUAAUUAAUUUAUAUAAAAUAAGGUGAAUCUAUUACUAUCAGAUGCCGAGCCCUCAUACAUACAGUAUACCCAUGUGUGUGUUUCCUCACACAUACCUCAGAACCCCCCCCCCCCCCCCCCCCCCCCCCCCCCAACAGUGCCUGAGCGACGUUCUGUCAUCCACAUUUGCAGACUCACUUUCCCGCUCAUCUUUUGAUGCAGUCAUUUUUUUUAUCCUUCAAUUUUUAUUCCUUCUUAUUAGUGUGUAUAUCUUGCUGUCUUUAUCAUGCAGUGCUUCGGAGCUGUACUCUAUCGUGUUCUUAGAUCGAAGCCUUAAUAUAUCCCCCUCAUGCCUCAGUGUUAAAUGUCCAUUACCGAAGUGCUACGACCCACUGCCUCUUGUGUCGGUGUUAAAAGUAAUGAUCGGAGACGUAGAGUGGCUGAAGAGGGGCAGCGGUGUGUCAGUGUUUACUAUUGUACGUGACGCUCUUUACCUCCCAUCGCGUUUAGAUAUCUCAGGCGUUUGAGCAACCAUGUUUGUUUGUCUCUGUUAGAAAAAGGGAUUUGUUUUCUUUUGACUUUGCAUUUUGUUGGAUGUUUUAUUUGCUGCCUGUUGUAUUUGCAGUUAUUUGUCAAAGAAGAAGAAACUGAAAUAUCUAAUCUGUGGUCUUUAGAAAAAAGAAGUGAACUACUGUUGCACAAUGUUCAGCCAGAUGAAGACAAGGGAAAUGAUAAAGAGGGAUUUGAAGUUGCUAAAUUUGAUGUAUUGCUUUAAAUAUUGUUGACUGAUGCUUGUUGAAAAUGAAUUGACCCUCAGCGAUUGCAUGUGGAUAAAGGAUUUAAGGGACGUCCUCUCAGCUCAGUCUUCUUGCAGGUAUUAAAUGUGGAUAUAACAACUUUUUAAAAACUCAAACAGAAAUAGCUAUUUUGACAUUAUCCCACAGUUUCUACAGUAUUUGAUCUGCGAAUGAAAAUGUGUCAAAUUUUGUCACGUCCUCAAUAAAAGGCUGUUUUUGAA